ACAAGAUGCUUUAAUGUUAUUGUGACGUCACAGAUAUACAUGUCCAUUCAGUCCAUCUAUAACCAGAACAUCUAAAUGCUACAGGAAGUUUUUACUGGAAAUCUAUUGAUGAAAAAUCAGAACCGCCAGGUGGCGGUAAUGAGCCGUUGUCAUGGUUACCAUCCGCUACAAAACAAGAAGAAGAAGAAGAAGAAGAAGAAGUGGCCGGUCUGCAGCUGCAGAGACGGAACCAACCGAACCGGUACCUGGAUGACGUCAGCAGGCGCCAGCGAUGCUGCAGCUGCCCCUGGUGGUGACGGCCCGGCUGGACCUGGUUCUGGUUCUGGUGACUCUGCUGUCCCUGUGGACCCGGUUGGGCGGGCUGGGAUACCCCGGCGCCGUGGUGUUCGAUGAGGUUUACUACGGCCAGUUCCUCUCUCUCUACAUGAAGAGAACGUUCUUCAUCGACGACAGCGGCCCGCCGCUAGGCCACGCCCUCCUGGCGCUGGGAGCUUACCUGGGCGGCUUCGACGGGAACUUUGUCUGGAACCGAAUUGGAGCAGCGUAUCCCUGCAGCCUGAGCGUGUGGAGCCUGCGGCUGCUGCCGGCUCUGGGUGGGGCGCUCUGCGUCCCGCUGGGUUACCUGCUGGUUCUGGAGCUCAGGUGUUCUCACCUGUCGGCCCUGGGAGCCGCCCUGCUGCUGCUGCUGGAGAACUCUCUGAUCGUCCAAUCACGCUUCAUGUUGCUGGAGUCGUUGCUCAUUUUCUUCGUCCUGCUGGCGUUCUUCUCAUACCUCCGCUUCCUCAACGCCCCCGGCAGGUGCUGGUCCAGGUACGGCUGGCUCCUCCUCUCAGGUGUGUCAUGUGCAGCUGCUGUCGGUGCUUGUCCGUUUCAGGGCGGUCUCUCCAGGGUCACGCGGGGUCAGCCCCUACAGGUGGCGUUCGGUAGUCAGGUGACCUUACGAAGCUCCGCCCCCCGGCCCGUCCCCUGCUGGCUGCAUUCGCACAAAGCCAACUAUCCAAUCAGGUAUGAAAAUGGGCGGGGCAGCUCCCACCAGCAGCAGGUGACCUGCUACGGCUUCAAGGACGUCAACAACUGGUGGAUCAUCAAGGACCCGGCAAGACAGGAGCUGGUGGUGGACUCCCCGCCCCGCCCCGUGCGACACGGUGACAUCAUCCAGCUGGUUCAUGGGAUGACAUCACGGCUCCUCAACAGCCAUGAUGUGGCCGCGCCCAUGAGUCCUCACGCUCAGGAGGUGUCUGGAUACAUAGACUUCAACGUUUCCAUGGCAACCCAGAACCUGUGGAGGCUGGAGAUCUACAACAGGGAGGCGGAGUCAGAGGAGUGGAAGACGAUCGUCUCUGAGGUCCGAUUGGUCCAUGUCAACACUUCAGCUGUGCUCAAGGUCCUCGCAGGAAGUGAUGUCACCGCGGUGGCUGAGCAGAGCACCAGCAUUAACCUUGACAUCACCAUCUCCCAUGAUGCAUCACCUGCAGGUCAGGAGCAGAAGGAGCGGGAGGCGGAGCUUCACUCUCCGACUCACAUCGACGUUGACAGGAAAAUCUCCUUCUGGUCCAAAUUCACGGAGCUCCAGUGGAAGAUGCUGACUGUGAAACAGGAAGAGUCUGAACACAAGUACAGCUCCGCCCCUUUAGAGUGGAUCGCCAUGGAAACCAACAUCGCCUACUGGCUGCACCCCUCGUCCAAUGCUCAGAUCCAUCUGAUUGGUAACCCGGUGUCAUGGGGCGUGGCCAACCUCAGCCUGCUGGCCUAUCAGCUGCUGGCGGCGCUGUACCUGCUGAGGAGAAGGCGGGGCUUCAGAGACCUACCUGAUGGUGCGUGGCAGCGGUUUGCGUCUGUGGGCCUGCUCUGCGGCGGCGGCUGGGCGGUGAACUUCCUGCCCUUCCUGCUGAUGGAGCGGACUCUCUUCCUGUACCACUACCUGCCCGCCCUCUGCUACCUGCACCUGCUGAGCCCCGCCCUGCUGGAGCACAUACACACUCACCUGCUCAGCAGCAGGACGUCCCGCCACGUGCUGGGCGUCUGCACGGCGGCUGUCCUGCUGUCCGUCUUCCUGUCCUACUGGACCUUCUGUCCUCUGACCUACGGGAACCCCGAGUUGACAGCCAAUCAGCUGCAGGCGCUGAAGUGGAGAGACAGCUGGGACAUCCUGUACCGCCGCCGCUGAGACACCGAGGGACGCCGAGAGACACAUGGGGACGCCGAGACUGUUCUUUACGAGAGAAUCCUGAAGGCACCAUCAGCUUUAGUCAUGUGACCUGAUGAUGUAACAGUGAUGGCUGAUUAAACAGGAAGACAUGAGCAUUAAAA